CGGUGUACAGCUCAUUCCGCUUUACUCCCAUCACAACCAGUGCUGCGGCCAAACAUGUCUGAUUUCGAAGAGUUCGAGAAACAGCUGAGCGAAAAUAGGCAAGGUUACGCGUGGGCGAUAGCGAGUCACGUGACUAUAAAGGAGAGAGAGAAGGAGAGGCACAGGAAAAGAAGCCGGAGUGGUUCACCAAGUCGAGGUGAGAAACAUAACAGCCGAGAGAAACGCAAAAGUCGUGAUCGCCUGAGCAGCUCCGGAGAUCAUAAAAAACACAGUCAUUCUCCAAGGAGAACAAAAAAGAAAAAGGCAUAUAAAUACUGGGAUGUUCCAGCACCAGGAUUUGAACACAUUACACCACUGCAGUACAAAACAAUGCAAGCUGCUGGGCAAAUUCCCACCAUAGCCCUGCUGGCUUCAUCCAGUACAGCAGGAAUGGCUGUGACACCAGCACAGGUCCUGGCUGUUGGCAACCAACUGACCAGACAAGCACGGCGUCUUUAUGUAGGCAACAUACCGUUUGGAGUCACUGAGGAAUCAAUGGCAGAGUUUUUUAAUACUCAAAUGAGAUUUGUUGGACUUUCCCAAACACCCAACAACCCUGUGCUUGCAGUGCAGAUCAACCAGGAUAAGAACUUUGCCUUCCUUGAGUUUCGAUCCGUAGAGGAAACCACACAGGCCAUGGCGUUUGACGGAAUCAACUUUCAGGGCCAGGCACUGAAGAUCCGGCGACCUCAUGACUAUCGACCGUUGCCUGGUAUUUCUGAGCAGCCGGCUUUCCAUGUACCAGGAGUUGUAUCCACAGUUGUACCAGAUUCUCCUAAUAAACUCUUCAUUGGAGGUUUGCCCAACUAUCUUAAUGAUGAUCAGGUUAAGGAGCUUUUGACAUCGUUUGGACCACUCAAAGCCUUCAACCUUGUCAAAGACAGUGCUACAUCACUGUCCAAAGGCUAUGCUUUCUGUGAAUAUGUGGACAUUGGUGCCACUGACCAGGCAGUGGCAGGGCUGAAUGGAAUGCAGCUUGGUGAUAAAAAGCUCAUCGUGCAGCGUGCCAGCGUUGGGGCAAAGAAUGCAAAUCCAACUGUGAUCACAGAAAGUCCGGUAAGCCUGCAGGUGCCCGGGCUGCAGAGGCUGCAGAACUCGGCUGUGCCCACCGCAGUGCUUUGCCUCCUCAACAUGGUGCUGCCUGAAGAGCUGCUUGAUGAUGAUGAUUAUGAAGAGAUCUUGGAAGAUGUCAGGGAAGAGUGCUGUAAAUAUGGCAGCGUGCGCUCUAUUGAGAUUCCUCGACCUGUCCACGGAGUGGAAGUGCCAGGAUGUGGGAAGAUAUUUGUGGAGUACAGCUCUGCAGCAGACUGUCAGAAGGCCAUGCAGGCUCUGACUGGACGCAAGUUUGCAAAUCGUGUUGUAGUCACAAAGUACUACGAUCCAGACUUGUACCAUAGGCAUGAAUUCUGAAAGAUGGACAGAGGACAGAGGGGUGUUGACUAAUGUAUAGUUUCUUACAAACAUCCAGGAGCAGAAAGUGUAGUUUUUCUAAUGUUACACAGUUUUUUAUUACAACAAAGUUAAUGUGAGUAGACCAGCAUAUUCAUUUUUGAGUCAUAAUUUAGACAAAUAUAAACUCUCCCACAAAUAUUUGUACAGAUUUUAUUUAUAGACAUAUAUAUAUAUAUAUAUAUAUAUAUAUAUAUAUAUAUAUAUAUAUAUAUAUAUAUAUAUAUAUAUAUGUAUGUAUGUAUGUAUGUAUGUAUGUGAAUACAAAUAUAAAAAUGGGUGUGUAUAGUUUCAUCCUCAAGCUUAUUGUUAUCUCAGCCUGAAUUCAUCAAGCCUCUCAGACUCACUCUUAAAGGAGUGUUUUUUUUUUUUUCUUCAUGGCGUGCAAAUUUGACAUAACCCUGGCUGUCCCUCACUUCUCACAUUGCUAAACUAACAUGCUGUUGUAGAUUAGUCCUUUACAACAUCCAGAGAAUUUGUCCAAACUGCAGCUCUUUCCUGGCAGGUCUGCCUCUGAAAGAUGUUCGACCUUUGCACCUGAUCCAGAAUGUAGCCACAUACAACCUUCAUAGGUUCUUCCACCCCCACCCCCCACUGCUAUGUUCCCUUCCUUUCUAUAGCUGCAUUUCUCUGUUGCUGUUAGCUCAGAGUUCUGCCACAUUAGCGAAGAAUCAGUCAGUAAUUUUCGAUUUCUAACAACAAGAGGCUUGAUAAAUAAAGGUUCGAUUUAAUUUAGAUUAAAACUUGGUAUGAUUCAUUUGUAGUCAAAGUGAAAAUAUGACACUAAAAAUAUUUUUUUUUUUGACAAAAAAACAUUUGCUGCUGAUCUUAUGGUAAGGCAGAAAAGGUGUGUUUAUAUGUGUAUUAACGUGUAUAUUCCUGUAGUACAGGAUUUACAAGUGUACUUUGUGUUUGUGUGAGAAAGAUUAAUUGUAUAUGAUUCUAUUCGAUUUAUACUCUAUCUGUAUUUAUUCUGAAUAAUUUGCGCCGUGUUUGAAACAGAUUCCAGACUUUUAUAAUCUUAUCUUUAUAUAUAUAUAUAUAUAUAUAUAUAUAUAUAUAUAUAUAUAUAUAUAUAUAUAUAUAUAUAUAUAUAUGCAUUUUAGACAGGCUGUGAAUGUAUCAGUUUCUGGAUUUGGGUUGGUUGUGUGAAGACUUUUUUUUUUACAAAUAUUCUAGGGCUACCAGGAGCCUCAGCACUUUAUUAGCUUAAGUCACAUUCAUGCUUCAUUUACACCAAUAAGAUUACACAAAGUAAAAACCUACAAACUAUAAUCAUGUUAAUCAAGUGAACUCUGCAACUGCAAUAAAAAACUGUAUUCUGCAAUACUUCAGCCUUCGGAUUUAAUCAAGUGCAUCAGAUUUUAAGUACAGAGAGGGUUACUUUUUAUUUGCAC